AUGGCGAACCUAGCUUUGGUUUUGAUUGGUAAGUUUGUGGGGCUGCGCCCAAAUAUUGAAUCUGUUUGUGUGUGGGUUUCUGGGAAGUGGAAAGGGAAAGGUCAGAUUGAAGUUGUUGUUGUGGCUAAUGGUUUUUUCUCUUUCUCAUUUGUGUGUGAUGAGGACUUGAGAUCUAUCUUGGUGGGAGGUCCCUGGAUUCUGGGAAAAACCUCCUUAGAUCUUAAGAAAUGGGAACCCGGUUUCAAUCCUAAGGAUUGGGAAUGCAAUGAGGCCCCUAUUUGGGUUCGUCCUCCUGGUCUCCCCUUAGAUUAUCAGGAUGAAGAUAUCUUUGUUGGAUUGGCUACGUGUUUUGGUGAACUUCUAUCUGUGGAUUUGAUGACGACAGCCAAAAGAAGGCUGGUCUAUGCUCACAUAUGUGUUAACAUCAAGCAAUCUACUGAUCUCUCUCUUGAGAUUUCUUUCAAUUUGAAUCUAGGAAAAUGGGUCCAGAAACUGGAAUAUGAAACCAUCCCUUUUGCUUGUUUUCACUAUAAAAAAGUUGGUUACUGGGCUAGAUAUUUCCCAAAGAAACCCCAACCAAAGAAGGUGAGGAAGAAAGUGUCUUCUCCGACGGACGCCCAUGUUUCUCCCCAAAUGGAUCCUGUACCCUCAAGGGUAGACACACCCCCUGAUAUGGUGGAUAACAAUAUGAAUCAGGCCCAGAUGGAGGAUUCUUCAGCUUUGCAGACAUCUUUGGAGGUUCAUGCUACGCCUAACCCAGAUAGGGUUGCCAAGGUGGCUCCCUUAGGAUCAAAGACCAUUGUAGUACCAGAUAUGGUUCAUGUAGACCCUCAACUUGAUACUCAAAUCAAGGGUGUGUGUCCUGGCCUGGAUAAUGCCACUAGAUCCAACAAUGAGAACCAAUCCAUUCAUCUACUUAUUGAUGUUAGUAAUACACUAGAGAUUCUAAAAUCACAGAAUUAA